GCCAUAGCUUCCUCUUACACGAACCGGCCUACCUACCCUAUUGCGGAAGAACGGUAUAGCUUAAGACUUUGAAUCAACAACUCAUCUGACUUUCUUUCUCCUCUACUGGUUUUCUCGCGGGUAUGGAGGGGCCUCGUCUCGAUCGUGUGUGCCUCGUCACGGUUGGUGCGACCACGGGUUUUGGAAAACUUGUUGAAUCGGUACUGCAGCCAAGUUUCUGGCAAUACAUGAAUUCACAGAGGUUCACCCAGCUGCGCGUGCAGUGCGGCCCCGACCUUGCCUGGGCGAGCAAACAACUUGCCGAUCGCAAAGUUAAUAUUCCAUCGGGUCUAUGUAUCGACCUAUUUGCCUCCAAAAAAAAUCUCAUGAAGGAGGAAAUGUCUUUAUGCAAGGACGCUGAUGGCAAGAGACAACUUGGCCUCGUGAUAUCCCACGCUGGUACUGGAACAAUUCUUGAUGCCUGGAAGAUGGGAUUGCCUCUUAUCGUGGUACCAAAUAUACAGCUUUUGAACGAUCACCAGACUGAGAUGGCCAAACAUCUCUCCAAGGAGGGAUAUGCAAUCAUGAGCUCUGGAAGUGCCGAGGAUCUUGAAGAAGCUAUCCAUAAGGUGGGACUCCUCUGGGAGGAGAACAAGACUCGUUGGCCUCCUCACAUUAUCCCCUCCCAACAGCCCAAGAGGCUUCGCUUGUGGGAUCUCGCCCCCGAAGAGGUCGCCAAAGAACAGAACGCCACGAUGGUGCAUGAUUAGGGCUUUGACACCGUCAAGCGCACGGUGGGCCUCUGAUCGGACAGUGGAUCACUUGGGAGGAGAUGUAUUUACGUUACGAUUUGGAAGGCAUAUGUUUGGUGUUUAGGCGUAUCUAUUCGCGCACAACUUGUCAAAAGGUGCAUCUACCUCAUGUAUACUCUGUUUUCCGUGCCGCCCGGGUAGGAAAACACUCGCCAGGUACAGAAUAUAUCUUGCUCAAGGCAAAUUCUGAACCUUCCAGAUCUUCACAUUGGCAUCCCCUCCAGCACUAGCAACUCUGCCACCUUCGACCCAGGCAACCCCGUUGACGCCGUCCUUGUGAGCGUUAGCAGCCUUGAUUCGCUUACCCUGGUUCCUCUUUUCAAGACACCAGAUAAAGACGUUGGUAUCAAGACUACCACUAGCAGCGUAGGCACCCGUGUCGUCCCAGGCAAUAGAUGUUACUCGGGCAGUGUGAGCUGACCAGCGGUCUGCGACCAAUUCCCAGCUACCAGCGCUGUAAACAUAGAUCUUUCCGACACUGUUUCCAGCGGCUAGAUGCGAGCCAUCCUUGGAAAAAGCAAGCGCAGAGAUAGUGCCAGUUGGGUUACUCAGCGACUUGACUUCCUCGAGCUUACCAUUAGAACUAGCGUUGUAAAUGCGGACGGAAUUUUCGUUGGCUCCGAUAGCAACGAACGAUCCGGAUGCCGCAAUAGCACCAGGGGUAAAAUCAAAAGACUGCUCGCUGACCAGCUUUUCGCCAGAGUACACGGAGACACCGGAAUAAGUCGCGACAUAGACAAGCCCGUUCGCCGCACUUACACCUUUAGGUUGUGCUUGUAGCUUGAUGGAAGUGCCCAAGAAGGUCUUGGCCGACUCGUCAACAAUUCUGAGAGUAUCAUCCCAACCAGCACUGAGUACCUUGCCAUCGGCAGUGGCAAACUGAGAGACCUGGUUUGUAUGUGCUUGGCCAUCGACAACCGUAGCAAUCCCUGAAUUAACGUCCCAGUGACAUACCCGGCCGUCAAAGCUGCCAGACCAGAGGUCAGCACCCUUACCGUCAGAUCCAGUUGACAAAGCGGUUAUGCUCUUUCCGUGACCAUAUACAACGCGGGCAAGUUCCGGCUUGCCCUCAGUCAAGUACGCAAGGUUGCCUGCAAGGCUGAGGCUAAUGAUGAGGCCGUCGCUGCGGCCAGGAACAAAUACAACACCGACUUGCUGAUCACCCACGCUGACAUGCUCUCCAAACUUCCAGGUUUGGACGACGGUGCCCGCAUCGACAUCCCAAAGCUUUACAGUUUGAUCAGCACUAGCGGUGACGAACUUCUUGCCAUCUGGCGACCAUGACACGGCAAAGAUACUUCCCGAGUGCUCACCCUGCCCAAUCUCUUUGGUGGGCUCACCCGUCUUCCCAUCGUAGAGCUGUAUCCUCUUGUCGGCACCAACUGUAACCAAAGAGCUUCCAUCAGGAGAAUAAGCAGCGCCCAGAACAAAACCAGUAUGUUGAGCGCUCUUGUUGUUGAACUUAUAUGGGGCUCCAUGAUAGAAGACCAUGUUACCAUCGUCGCCAACCGUAGCCGCACGGAAAGGGCGUUGAGGUUUCAUUGCGACGGCAUUGACGGACUUGGAGUGGCCGAUGAUCUCACCAACCGAGUUCCCGCUAUCAGCUGUAAUGCAGCGACCGAAUUGCUCGCGGCCAUCGCCAACAGCAAUAACACGUUGCGACUCGCCGUCCCAGGCAAUAUCGUUCAGACGACCAGAGAUGAUUCCGUACUCGCCCCUGGUGCUCUCGAUAGACUCAGGCUCCCACACCUUCAGCAUUCCGCUUGAGUCACCGCUGGCGACCUUGAAGCCAUUAGGAGCAAAUCGAGCAACGGUUGUAGGGGCGGUGUGGCCGGUGUAUUCCUUUGCGUCCGAAGGGUUGUCGAUGGAGCGAACAAAUAUGGAUUUUCCGCACUACAUGGGUCAGAGACAUCAUCUACAGACUGUAGUCUUCUGGCAGAGGGCAAAUCAUACAGGAUAAGCUAUCCGUUGACCCUUGGAGUCGGCCGAGAUCUGAGUUGGCUGACCACGGUUUGUAACUGGGACUGCCGCAAGGAUGCGGUCGAGAGUGAUGGAUGGAGACGCCAUGACAGAGGCAGCAGCUGUUAUGAGGUAUAAUUGUGCAGAAGAUGUACCCGUAUAAAGCCUUAAAAGUCAAAAUACCGUCAGCUUCUGAUGCGAAGUUCUUGUAAACGUGGG